GUCAUUUGGGUUACGGCUGCAUCAAGACCUCCUAGAAAGUCUUCAGGGAUAUCUCCACCGCCCAUGGCUGAAACUGUGGAUAAGUCUCUUUCUAAAUUCAUGCACGAGCCAGUGAAGGGAAUAUCAGCAGGCG